ACAGAUAGAGAGAGACAGACAGAUACACACACACACACGCACACACACACACACCCAAAGCGUCCCGGCGGCAAAGCGUUUAGAUUACUCAGAUACGUGGUAUAUAGAUGCGUGCACCCACACCAAUGAGUGUGCUCUCCUCAUUCUCUACAUUGCUGCACUUAUGUAACAUAGCCUAUCUUUUUCGUGCUACUGCUGUGGCUACUGCGAUUUUCUCACACAUAUACAUGCAUAUACAAUUAUGUGUAUAGCAAGCACUCUGUGCGCAUAGCUCUCUGCAAUGUGGGACGGCGCGUGACGUGAGAGAGUCAAGCGUGCACUCGCUUAAUUUGUUCUCUCUUGUUCUCUCUCUCUCUCUCUCUCCCUUCCUCUCUCGCUCUCGAUUCCUGUACGGUAUGCAAGCAUCGUGUUUUUGCAAGCAUUUUUAUAGAUAACACCAAAGCCGAUUUUGCUACCGUGCAUGCCCGCGCGGCUUACUUUCAUUCACUUCCACAAGUUCUUUGACACUCUCCCUAUCAUUGCGAUUUUUGUGUGAGAGACACGACGACGACGACGACAACGACGACGACGACAACGAGCUGUCCCGUCACGUCGAGAGGCCGCUUUUGUUUAUCUUUCGUCGCUCGUUGCUUUUUUUCUCGUCUGCAACACGAUAUUUUAUUAUCACAUUUAUUUUCUAUUUUAUUUUUUUUGAUAUUUCGUUUGAUAAAAGCAAAAACUAGAGAGAAAAGCUGCCUGGAUAAUCAUGGAUCCGCCCAUGAAAGAAGUAGUAAUGCAUUUGUUUAUAUUUUUUGUAUUUGCUGACCAUACGGAUGGUAAUUGUCGAUGGAAACAGUCGGAGUUCGUAAGUUCAUCAGACGCUGUGACUGAAGUAGCUUUGGCAUACAACAUCGAACCUGUAAAAGACAAGUAUCCAGAAAGAUAGCAAAAUGAAUGAUCAACAGCCACAGCCACAGCAGCAACAGCAACAGGCGCAGCAACAACAGCAUAGGCCUUACAACGAUGAUCGUACAAAUUUGAUUAUCAACUACCUUCCACAAAAUAUGACUGAGAAAGAGCUUUACAGUUUGUUUGUUACAAUUGGUCCAGUGGAGUCUUGUAGAGUUAUGAAAGAUUAUAAGACUGGCUACAGUUAUGGUUUUGGUUUUGUGAACUAUACAAAAGCUGAAGAUGCAUCUACUGCUAUUACUAGAUUAAAUGGCCUUCAAGUUCAAAAUAAGAGGUUGAAAGUUUCUUUUGCCCGACCUUCUGGUGAAGAAAUCAAAGAAACUAACUUAUAUGUCACAAAUCUGCCAAGGAAUAUUACAGAAAAACAGGUUGAUGAAAUCUUCAGUAAAUUUGGCCAAAUUGUUCAGAAAAAUAUACUCAAAGACAAGCUGACUGGCUUGCCACGAGGAGUUGCCUUUGUCAGGUAUGACAAACGAGAAGAAGCACAAGAAGCAAUAAAUCAGCUGCACGGGACAAUUCCGGAAGGCGGCUCUGAACCUCUCAGUGUCAAAAUUGCAGAAGAACAUGGCAAACAAAAAGCAGCUUAUUAUGCUGGAUGGCAAGCUGGUUACAAUCAGAGCCGUGGUGGAGGAGGCGCCGUGAUGGGUCGAGGUGGCCGUGGCGGUUUCGUACCUCCCGGUCUUGGCAUGGCAGGUAUCGGUGCACCAGCAGCAGGUGGACCACCAGCAGCAAUGCUGGCAGGUCGUGGUGCCGGUGGUUUCGGUGGUCGUGGCGGUGGUGCGGGUGCUGGCGGCCAUCAUGGUUUUGGCGGCGGCGGUCCCGGAGCUGUCCGCAUGGACAAACUUCAUCCACAUCGCUUCAAUCCGCUCGGCAUGAGCGGAGCGACGGCUGGAACGGCUGGUGGCGCGAAUGCACCUGGUGGCUACGCGCAACCGCACUUCUGGUGACGGGUUCCAACGGGCGUUGCCGCUGAUCAUAAGCAGCGGAUUGUUUCCUCGCUCGGCGCCAAUUUUUAGAUGCAAAUUCAAAGAGCGUGGGGGCGAUGUGUUCCGGCAAAAGCAGAGUGGCGCGAAGGAGAGUCGAAUCUACCCCAUCAUAUUUAGAGGACAAAUGUUUCGGCAACAUCCUCGUAGCUGUCUGCGUCCGUCCGUCAAGUAGAGGAAAUUCUUUUUUUUUUUUUAAUCAUCCAACCAUAAAAACAAAACAAAACUCAUUAUUACAUACCAUGUGUAAGGAAGAGGAGAUGAAGAUUGACAAAGUUUUUUUUUUUUUUCUAUUUUACCCUUGCAUAUCUUCUUGCAAGCGCUAAGGAGUUUCUAUCUAUUGUUGAUGUACAUUAUUUCCUUCUUGCUAUAAGUUCAAAACAUUAUCCAAUUUUGGUGAGGGACGCGCGUACGUCUCGGUUGCUGAAUUUUAUUCAAUUGUCUUUUGUUUCCUUCUUAUUUCUCCCUCUAUCUUUUCAUCUUUCGUUUUUUUAGUAUCAACGACGAUUACGCGUGUUAUGAAUAUGUAUUCGUAGCAGCGAAUGAGAAUAUAAUAUGGGUAUUUGUCGAUUGAUACUUGUUUUGUUUGUUCGAUGUUUGCGUCUUUGAUGUUUGAAUAUCAACCGAGCAUCGUCUAGAGCUAAUCUAACUGUGCAACUUCAUUUCGCCGCGUAAUUGUCAUGAGAAAAUUAUAGACUUGUUUUAAACUGCGCUAACUUUGUAAAAUAAGCUACUCAUGAAAGCAUGCUAAAAAAAACAUUUAUUCGUCGUCGCUGAAAUAUAUUUUCUAUGGUUCUAUACUUCAAUGUACCAUAAUACGAUCUUUUUCUGGUAAUUCUGAGAAAAAUCUUGUGAUUAUUCAACUAUAAAUGUCAGUAAACGGAAAAGUAAAUGAACGUAAUUUUUUGUUAGCGUGUUAUCGAUUAUAUAACACCAAUGUAUUUUCCUACUUAGUAGGAAAUGGCAGACAGAUAUAUAUUUAAAAAAUUGUAGGUAAGAGAAUAUACAAAAAUGUUAGUUAGCCCUUUGCUCGCAUGAGAAGCGUCGAAGACAAAACCUGUGCAAAUAAAAAAAACAACUCAGAGAUGGAAAUAUAAAAAAACUUUAAGAAUUCCUAAUACGAUGCGAGGACGCGCGUAAUCCUUUCUUUCUUUUUUUAAUAUCGUUGUUUAGGAAAUGUAAGACUGACUUUUACAUAAGAAUUGUAAGUGACAUUUGUAUGCGUGCAACACUGCCUCGGUUAUUCGGAAAUAAGCAUCGUAUGCUAACGUUGUGUACACGAUAUAUCGAUCGUUCCGGAACUAUAUGCGAAAUUUCAAACGAGCGAAAGUUUUAGGAAAUUAAUUGUGCGCGAUAAAACAUCCAACUUUGCCAGGGACGCGCAUCGAAGCUACCCAAAACAUAAAACGAAACUGUAAAAUUUGUUUAGCAAGCCGGAGCAUAAUGCUUCCAUAUUGAUUCUAUUGAAUUCUAUAGUACAAUUGCCAGAAAAAUUUUGUAAAAUGAAAAAAAAUAAUGGAAAUUUCAUCGUAAAAGUAUAUCUGAAAAAUAUCGAUUUUCUGUUGGUGAAAUUAGCCAUAUCGGGCAAAAAUAGCGUCGUGCAAAAAUGUGUAUACCGAACGAUAGGGGCUAAAAGUCGAGCAUGCUGGUUCGUCCAGAGCCCAUUGGACAUCUGAAAUGUAGGCGGGCGAAGAUCUUUCAACAUUUUAUUUUUUAUCAAUCAACUAUUGCACUGUCGUUAGAUUUUUAUCAAGUCAACUUACAUAAAAUUAAACAUGUUGAGUUUUACCACUUCUGGGUUAAUCUAUUUUAACUGGAAUUGAUUUUGUUCGUGAAAAUUACUUCGUUCGUUCAAAGUAGAAUAAUUUUACUUUAUAGAUUUACAAUUUUAUGGUGUCAUAGAAAAAAUUAAACUUUUUUUUUUUAUCUUAGUUCAAUCGACUUUUUUCUAUUCUAUACAAUGGUAAUAAGUUUGUAUUAUCAGUAAUAACGUAAUAAAAAUUCUUAGUAAUUAAGAAGUUUCCAUUUUUUUUUUUACUUUUUAAUUUAGACGACGAACCAUAAUAUUGGACUUUCAAAAUUUUAAUAUACAUAAUUUUAGUUCCAAUGAAGCAUGUAACUUUCCAUGAAGUAUUUCAGAUGUCCAAUUGUGUUUUAUAAUAGGAAAUUUAAGAAUCUUCUCAUCAUGCUUAAUCGUAGCAAAUAUUAUAACCCAAGAAGACACAAGGUAGCCGAAUCAUAUGUUCCUAGUUGACAUUUAAAUCUUUUGCAAUAACCAAUCACACGUUAAACACGUUGAAGUUAUUUUUAAUCGUUAACAACUUGUAAACGUUAUAUUGAUUCAAAGAAAAUAAAUCAAAUUUUUUGCUUGUAAUAGCAAAUAUGAUUAGGUUACCAUUGCGAGAGAGUUAAAAAUUGUUCUUGUACAUACCAAAUAUUAUAAGGCUCUGAAGUCGUUCGUUUUCUUGAGUUUUUCCUAGAACAUCAAUUUUUCGAUCUCUUUCGCUCUCUGUUUAUUUACAUCGUAUAAUAAUUAUCGCGACGGUUAGAUACUUUUACAGAAACUGUUACCGUGACGAUACUUGUGUAUGCAAAUUGUGAAUAACAUUGAUGAUGGAGUUAGUAGAAAAGUUGCUAGCCGAAAAAUCGAAUAAGUCUUUUUUACCAAUUCAAGUAUGAGACUACGUUAAGAGCUCUAUUAUUUGCGUUAGUUGCUUAUGAAGUCUCUAUAUAUUUCUAAUAAUGUAAUGGAUGUUUGAAUGCCGAUGUUAUAAAUUAUGACUAAACAUGAAGAAGACAUUACAAUUGUUACAUGAAUUAUACAUUGGUUAAGAUUAUGAGUAGAUUAAAUGAGAAGUACGUUUUAUAAAAGAUAAAUGUAAUACUUAGUUAUGGGUAAAUUUUAUAAAGUUCAAUUACAAACUAAUUAUAAUUGGUAGUUUAUUUUUUUAGUUUUUUUUUUUAAUUAUUAUUAUUCUUACAUCGUAAAAGAGUAGUCACCACAUACAAAUGUAUAGCGUACAUCUAUUUAUUAAAUUAAUUUAUACAAGAUACAGAAAAUUAUACAUAUAUUCUAAUAAUUGACAUAUAUUUCACAUGCACAUUAACAAUAUAUGUUCGAAAAUCCACAGAGAUAUUUUGUCUCGUUCGGAUUGUUGAUCAGUUACGCUCACGGCGAUGCCCAUCAGGGGGCAGCUUGCAAAUUCAAAGUCAAGCGAAGGUGCCCUAUGACGAGCCGCACCGUAAGCGUUCAAAUUCAUUUCUGUGUCCGAUGACAAUCUCCAUACUGAUCAUUCUGAACUUUUCAUUGAAAAUUCAGUGUUAUCUCAUUCUCGACUCGAUUUUUCAUGGUUCAGUGAGGACGUUUGAAGAAAUUCGUUGAUCUUGCGUUGAUGGCGUCCUUGAAGAAGAAAAGAAUGAAAUUAAUUUUCAGCGUGUUCAGUGCAGUGCAAUGAUAUAAAACAAAUCAAUUUGUACAUAGCGAGACUUCAGAAACUCUUCUGUUACGAGUUUGAUGUUUAUAUCUUUCAAUGUUUAAUAGUGAAAUAAUGAACAAAAUUUUAAAUUUUUACUGUAGCAUUGAAAAAUGAAAAAGAGAAAAAAAACGGAAUAAAAUCUUUCAAGAUCUUU